UCUUCCCGUCACUCUUAAGUACAACAAAGAUUGCGAAGACUUAAAAAAAAAAAAAAAAUACAGACGAAUUUCUUCGACAUUUCUCGAAAUGCCCAGAAGUCUAUCUGGAUUUCUGGUUCUCUUACUCUUCGUAUCGAUUUGCGAAGCGGCUUCGCUUUUUCAACCGAUCUCCGAUUCUCAUGGAUCUGCCGCUCUUGAGCUCUUCACUCCCGACCAUGGAUCCUUUAAAAGCUUAGAAGAGACCUACGAGGCCCUAAGAACAUUUGAGCUUCUUGGAAUUGAAAAGAAGCCUGAUGUAACCGCCACCGCGUGCCGUUCAAUUUCCGAAACCGUUGGGUCAUCAUCUUCAGCCCCAAAGGAACUUUUCUAUGCUUUAAAAGCGAAUAGCAUAGCUAAAUGCAAGAUAAACGAGAAAGCUUCUCAGGGUAUUAUUACAAGACUUAAUGCUGCCAUCAAGGGUGCAAGCUUGUUGCUUGACUUCUACUAUUCAGUAGGAGGCUUGGUACUUAUCAAGGAUCAGAGUUCUAAAGCUGAUGUUCAUCUUGCUGACGCUGAGGGAGUUUUCCGCUCAGUCAAGGCUUUCAGCCAGAGUGAUGGCAGGUGGCGUUAUAGUUCAAAUAACCCCGAGUCUAGUGCCUUUGCUUCUGGAAUAGCCCUUGAAACACUUGCUGGAAUUGUUUCAUUAGCAUCUUCAGAAAUUGACCAAUCUUUGAUCAAUACUCUAAAAAAUGAUAUAAGAAAGCUUUUUGACAUUGUUGAGAAAUAUGAUGAUGGGGUCCUUUACUUUGAUGAUAAACAACUUGAUGAUCGUGAUUAUGAAGGACCUUUGUCAACCACCUCAUCUGUUGUUAGAGGGCUAACAGCAUUUGCAGCAGUGACUCCUGGAAGUCUCAAUCUUCAAGGGGACAAAAUACUCGGAUUGGCUAAAUUCUUUCUUGGUAUUGGAGUUCCUGGUGAUGCCAAAGAUUUCUUCAACCAAAUAGACUCUUUAUCUUGUCUGGAAAGCGACAGGUUUUCUAUCCCACUGAUCCUAUCUCUUCCAUCUACGGUGCUUUCGUUGACUAAAAAAGACUCACUCAAGGUUAGAGUUAACACCUUGCUUGGUUCAAAUGCACCAACUCUAACAGUGAAGCUUGUGGGAGCUUUUAAUUCUGGUUCAAAGGAUGCGUCUCUUGUUGAAAGCCAGGAACUUAAGUUUGACGAGGAAGCUGGUGUACAUAUCUUGAACAACUUGCCGAAGAGUAUUGAUGUUGGAAGUUACACAUUUGUUUUUGAGAUUGUUCUUCAUGAACCUGAGCGUGAAAAGGUUUAUUAUACUGGAAGCCAAACAGAAGUACAAAUAUACGUCACAGGACUUAUCAAAAUUGAAAAUGCAGAAAUUACAGUACUUGACAGUGAUCUUGCAAGCGUAGAAACACAGAAAAAGCUAGAUUUAGCUGGACAAAAUGCUGUAUCAUUAUCAGCAAACCACCUCCAGAAGCUGCGUCUAUCCUUUCAGUUGACAACUCCUCGUGGACUUGCUUUUAAGCCACAUCAGGCAUUGUUCAAGUUGAGACAUGAGAGCAAGGUUGAGCACAUCUUUGUGGUUGGAAACUCUGGAAAACAGUUUGAGAUAGUUCUAAAUUUUCUUGGGCUGGUGGAGAAGUUCUUCUAUCUCUCUGGUAGAUAUGAAAUCAAGCUUACUGUUGGUGAUGCUGUUAUGGAGAACUCUUUAUUACGAGCUCUUGGACAUAUUGAGUUAGAUCUACCAGAACCACCUGAGAAGGCGCCCCGGCCCCCUCCACGGUCUGCUGAUCCUUACUCAAGAUAUGGGCCCAAAGCUGAGAUAACACACAUCUUCAGGGCUCCUGAAAAGCAGCCACCUAAGGAACUUUCUCUUGUUUUCCUGGGUUUUACCAUCUUGCCAUCACUUGGAUUCUUGAUUGGGCUACUACGUUUAGGGGUGAAUCUGAAGAACUUUCCUACCAAAGCCGUACCUGCCACAUUUGCCAUUCUCUUCCAUUUUGGCAUUGGAGCGGUUCUGUUGCUCUAUGUGCUUUUCUGGUUGAAGUUGGAUCUAUUCCAAACACUAAAACUACUUGGUUUCUUGGGAGUUUUCCUUGUGUUGGUUGGACAUAGAAUCCUUUCCCAUUUGGCUGCUACAUCAUCCAAGUUGAAAUCUGCCUGAGAUGAAUGAAUGAAGAAAGAAUUCCUUUACAAGCCUGAUGUAAGAAAAAUGAAAUGGUCUGCUCUUUCGAUAGGCAGAUAUGUCUCGGACAUUUCAACUCAAUUUUGUAGGCUCAUUUGUUGUUUUUGACAAAUUGAGUAAUCUGUUACGAAUCUUAGUAAUUAGUGUUACGUCAAAGAAAAUAUGCCACUCCAAUUUAUUUGGUAGCAACACCAACAUCAAGAGAACAUGGCCUUUGAUUAAAAAUUAUUUCUAAUUUAAAGUGCUGAGUUGACUAAAGAUAUGUGGCUUCUUUGGAUUGAUGGUUGGAAUUUGCAUUUUGUACUUCUUUUUCUGAUCUCUGCAUAGCAGAUAUUGCUCUAGGUCCUUUGAUUCUGAUUUCUGCCACAGAAGCAAUUAAUGAGUGGGAGGAAAUAUACAGUGUUGAUAUAUUUUUCUUUGUUGACACAGGUGAAGCUCAGAAAUAAAUAAGAAUCAAAUGUUUUAUCAGAAGUGUGUAAAUUGU